ACCGCAAACGCAAAAGAAUGGCCUCUUCUCUGUCUCUCAAUCGCCCGUUCCCAUGGCGGCGGAUAUGGAAUCGAUGGCGGCGGUGAUCGGGGUCUCCAUUCCCGUCCUCCGUUUCCUUUUCUGCUUCGUGGCCACGAUUCCGGUGAGUUUCAUGUGGCGGGUCGUCCCCGGGACGCUCCCCCGCCACCUUUACGCCGCCCUCUCGGGGGCGGUUCUGUCCCACCUCUCCUUCGGAGCCUCCUCCAACCUCCAUUUCCUCAUCCUCAUGGCCACGGGCUACGCUUCCAUGGUCCUCGUCCGCCGCUACGCCGGCCUCAUCACCUUCUUCACUGGCUUCACGUACCUCAUCAUCGGAUGCCAUAUGUAUUACACGAGUGGGGAAGCAUUGAAGGAAGGAGGGAUUGAUGCAACAGGAGCUCUCAUGGUGCUAACUCUUAAAGUCAUAUCUUGCACAAUAAAUUACAGUGAUGGGCUGCUUAAGGAAGAAGACUUGCGUGAGGCUCAGAAAAAGAAUCGAUUAAUUCAUUGUCCCUCUUUAUUUGAAUAUAUCGGUUACUGUCUCUGCUGUGGAAGCCACUUUGUAGGGCCUGUCUAUGAAGUAAACGAUUAUCUUGAGUGGACAGAACACAAAGGAAUUUGGGCUGCUUCCGGUGACAGACAAUCGGCAUCACUUGGUGCAGCAUUACGUGCUUUGCUUCAAGCUGCAAUAUGUAUCGGUUUAUACUUGCAACUGGUACCACAUUAUCCACCUUUUCAGUUCAGUGAGCCUGUAUACUAUGAAUGGGGUUUCUGGCAAAUUCUGUUCUACCAGUACAUGUCUGGAUUCACUGAACGUUGGAGGUACUACUUUAUAUGGUCAAUCUCAGAAGCUUCUAUUAUCAUAUCUGGUUUUGGGUUCAGUGGUUGGUCAGAUUCUUCUCCUCCUAAAGCACUGUGGGGCCGUGCAAAAAAUGUUGAUAUUCUUGGGAUGGAGUUUGCGACUAGUGCAGUUCAGUUGCCGCUUGUAUGGAACAUACAUGUCAGCACUUGGCUACGUCAUUAUGUUUAUGAAAGGCUCAUUCAGAAAGGGAAGAAACCUGGAUUCUUUGAGUUGCUGGCUACACAGAUGGUUAGUGCUGUUUGGCAAGGACUGUACCCUGGAUAUAUCAUAUUUUUUGUUCAGUCUGCAUUGAUGUUUGCAGGUUCACGGGUAAUCUACAGAUGGCAACAAGCUGUCUCCCCAGAGAAUCUUUUGUUCAGAAAGAUGCUGAUACUAAUGAAUUUUGCCUACACUCUCCUCGUUGUCAAUUGUUCGUGCAUUGCUUUCAUGGUUUUGAGCCUGAAAGAGACCCUCGCAGCUUACCAGAGUGUAUAUUUUGUUGGCACCAUCGUUCUCAUCAUAUUUAUCCUGCUUGGUUAUGUUAUCAAACCAGCAAGACCUGCAAGGUCCUAGACAGAAAACCCAAUAAGACAAGAAGGUUCUUUAGUUUUUGUUGUUGCGCUGACAGAAGAGGUGAACGUUGCAACUUCUGGUUAUGGGAUUUUCACCCUGAUCCAGAGUUGGUCGAGGAUAUUUGUCUUUAUGAAUGCAGCUCUAUUUCUUCAUCUCUCUUCUUGUGUAAGCUUAAGACACUUGGCUUCAGAAACUUAAUUUUAUUUUCUAACUAUGCUAAUUUCAUCAGCAUUGUUGUGUUGGUGUUCGACAUUUCUGUGUGACCUCCAAAGAUUGCAUCA